AAUAUUUCCGUUAUAUGAGUUCGUGGCGGCAGUCUUCAUUCAGAUUUUCUUCAGCUUGGACGCAGUUUGAAAUAAAUUUUCAACAUGAGUAGUGGUGACGUUGUAAUUGUAUCAGCAGUCAGGACCCCUAUAGGAUCAUUUUGUGGAUCCUUAUCAUCACUGAAAGCAUCAGAUUUAGGUAGUAUUGUUAUUAAGGAAAGCCUUGCAAGAGCUCAUGUUAAAGCCACGGAUGUAUCUGAAGUUAUAUUAGGACAGGUAUUAACUGCAGGUCAAGGGCAAAAUCCAGCAAGACAAGCAGCUAUAAAAGCAGGCAUUCCUAUAUCUGUACCUGCGUAUGUGCUUAAUAUGCUAUGUGGUUCUGGUUUAAAAGCAAUUUUAAAUGGUUACUUAUCCAUAAAAGCUGGAGAAAGUCAAAUAAUUGUGGCUGUUGGACAGGAAAAUAUGAGUCUGGCACCACAUGUGUCAUACCUUAGAAAUGGUAUAAAAUUGGGAGAUGGUAAUUUAAUAGACACAUUAAUAUGUGAUGGCUUAACAGAUGCAUUUCAUGGAAUUCAUAUGGGAAUAACAGCUGAAAAUGUUUCUAAGGAUUUUAAUGUAAGUAGAAAAGAACAAGACGAUUAUGCAGUUGUGUCUCAGAAAAGAACAGAAACUGCAAUUACUGCAGGCUACUUUAAAAAAGAAAUAGUCCCCAUAACAGUGUCUAACAAAAAAGGGUCAAUUAUUGUAGACAAAGAUGAGUUUCCUAAGUUUGGGACAACCAUUGAAAAUCUUCAAAAAUUAAAACCAGUUUUCCUGAAAGAUGAUGGUACUAUUACUGCUGGUAACUCUGCUGGUAUAAAUGAUGGGGCAGCUGCAGUAGUUCUUAUGUCUGCAGAAACUGCAGCCCAAAAAGGACUUUCUCCAUUAGCUAAAAUUGUUGCCAUAGCCCAAGCUGGAGUAGAACCGAAAGUAAUGGGUACAGGUCCUAUUCCAGCAGUUGAGCUAGUGUUGCAAAAAGCAAAGUGGACUAAAGAUGAAGUAGAUUUAUAUGAACUGAAUGAAGCUUUUGCAGCACAGGCAAUAGCUUGUAUCAAAACUCUUGGUUUAGAUCCUAAUAAAGUUAACAUAAAUGGAGGAGCUAUUGCAUUGGGUCAUCCUAUUGGUGCAUCUGGUGCUAGAGUAUUAGUAACGUUAUUACAUUCCUUGGAACGAACUGGGGGAAAUAAAGGUGUUGCAUCCUUAUGUAUUGGGGGUGGAAUGGGAAUAGCAAUUGCUGUUCAAAGGCAAUAAACACUUAGGGACUACCCAAGUGUUACGCUCACUUAUUAAUGAAACUUUGCCACCUUGUAGAGCUCGUCGUCCUGAACACGCUUAUACCCCAUUCUGGAGGCAGACUGCUAAUUGUUUAAAAGAUAUUAACAAUUAAAGCUAGUGACUGCUAAUAUUGAGAAGUAUGACAAACUAACACAUACAAAUUAUGUAUUUUACCACGGGUUAGCUCCGUGGUAAAACGCUUGACUUGCAAACUAACUGUCCACGGUUGAAGUCCAUAGUUCCCAUUUUCUUUUUAAUGAUAAUUGUCUUUUUUUGAAUAAUAAUUACAAUUGUGCUAUAAUCAUUGCAUUUAUUAUAACACAGUUGUAAUAGUUAUUCAAAAAAAGACAAAUUAUCGUUAAAAAGAAAAAAAAAAAGAAAAAGAAAAUGGGAACUAUGGACUUCAACCGUGGACAGUUAGUUUGCGAGUCAAGCGUUUUACCACGGAGCUAACCCGUGGUAACAUACAUAAUUUGUAUGUUAGUUUGUCAUUCUUCUCAAUAUAAGCAGUCACUAGCUUUAAUUGUUAAUAUCUUUUAAACAAUUAACAGUCUGCCUCCAGAAUGGGGUAUAGGCGUGUUCAGGAUGACGAGCUCUACAAGGUGGCAAAGUUUCAUUAAUAAGUGAGCGUAACACUUGGGUAGUUCCUUUUGUUAGUUGGAUUAGUCUGCGAAGUUUAUAAACAUA